AUGGCUAAAUUCGUGCUGGCAGGCAGAGCAGAUUGUCCCUAUUAUGCUAAAGUGGAACUUCUGGCAGACUAUUUACAGAAGAAUCUUCCUGACUUUAAAAUACAUAAAAUUACACAACAUCCUGAUGUUUGGGAGGAGUGGCUGAAAGAUGUGUGUGAAAAGAACAAGUGGACUCACAAAAAUUCUCCCAUCAUCUGGAGAGAGCUGUUGGAUCGUGGAGGAAAGGGUAUGCUUUUGGGAGGCUAUAACGAGUUCCUGGAGCAUGCCCAGCUUUACUAUGGUGUCACCUCUAGCAUGACGAGUGAGCUGAUGCACAUAGUUGCUAAAGAAAACCUGGGGACACAUAUGAAAAAAGAGCUUGAAGGAAAAUCCCUCCAAGGCCUCAGCAGCCCCUUGCAGGUCUGGAUCGCCAGUGCAUCGGCUGCUGCCAGCUACAGUCUGAUUCCUUUAUUGGCAAGCGGUGAGGUAUUUGGGAUGCACACGGAAAUUAGCAUAGUUUUGUUCGACUACAAGCAGGAAAACCACCUCACAACUGUUCUGUUGGAGAGCCAGGACCUGGCAGCGCCAAUCCUCCAAAGCAUCACCAUUUGCACGAAAGUGGAAAAUGCUUUCCACCAGGCCCACGUGGUCAUCAUCCUGGACGACACCACUGAGAAGGAGGUGCUCACCAUCGAAGACUGCAUCCGGAGCAAGGUUCCUCUAUGCAGGCUGUACGGAUACCUGAUUGAGAAAAAUGCCCAUGAAUCCGUCAGAGUUAUCGUGGGAGGAAAAACCUUUGUGAAUCUUAAAACCGCCUUGCUAAUGCGAUACGCCCCGCGCGUGGCACACAACAUUAUCGCCGUGGCGCUGGGGGUGGAAGGGCAAGCCAAAGCUGUGCUGGCCAGGAGACUGAAAACCACUCCAGCAGAAAUCAAAGAUGUGAUAAUUUGGGGCAACAUUAGUGGAAAUAACUAUGUUGAUCUGAGGAAGACCAAGGUCUACAGAUAUGAGAGUGCUAUUUGGGGACCUCCUCACUAUUCACGUCCUGUUUUAAAAUUGAUUUUUGAUAGUGAGUGGGUAAACAAGGAAUUUGUGGCAACGCUUGAAAAUUUAUCAGCCACAGGAAAACAAUUUGGAGGUAUUUUAGCUGCACACAGUAUAGCUACUACAUUGAAAUACUGGUACCAUGGCUCACCACCUGGGGAGAUUGUGUCUUUAGGAGUACUGAGUAAAGGCCAGUUUGGUAUUCCUGAAGGGCUUGUCUUUUCUAUGCCUGUAAAAUUUGAGAAUGGAAGUUGGGUAGUUCUUACAGAUCUUGAAGGUAUUGAAAUAAGUGAACCAAUAAUGACCAGAAUGACAAGUGAUAUAAUUCAGGAAAAACUUGUGGCAUUUGGAGAUGUUAUCUAUUUUGAACCAUACCAAUCAGGUAACUCUGAUAGAAUCCAAGAUGAAGAGAAAGAUGUAGCUUUAUCAGCUAACUCUGAAGGCAAAAGCAUGAAACGGUAA